AUGCUUCACGUUUUCCCAAAGACCUCCCUUCUAUUGAUUUUCCUGUGGCUUCAUUGCCUGAAGGCUCUCGAUAACAAAUUUUACUGUAACUCGGGGUUCAAACGUGACACAGACACUAAUGCAGUGUGCUUGUUAAAACACUCAGUGUUGCCUGGCUCGGCAAUGUAUAACUGCGCAUACUCAAGCUGCUGGUAUAACGGUAGUAAAUGGUCUCCGAUGUCGGGUUGCCAACUCAUUGGUUCGCUGGACAAAGGCAUCAGUAAUCAAAAAUGUACCAUAUAUGAGUACAACGAAAAAAAAUACAAUAUUGCUUGUACCAACGCUGGAGGGACAUCUUAUACAUGCCCUUAUACGGCCUCUACUGUGCCCGCCAUCUUGUGCACCGACUGCGCUUAUGUAAGGUCAAGAGAUCCAUAA